AUGGAAUACUCAACGAAAAGUGAUGUGUGGAGUUUUGGAAUCGUUUUAUACGAGAUUUGCACCAUUGGCGCUGAACCUUAUCCCGGAAUAAGUCCAUAUAAGAUUCCAAGAGUAUUACAAAAGGGGUACAGAAUUCCUAAACCUGAUUAUUUUAAGGAUGAGUUGUAUAAUAUCAUGCUGAAUUGUUGGGAAACGGAUCCUGAAAUAAGACCGUCAUUUGAGUUUUUAUGCUCCUCCAUCAGGGGAUUACAAAAGUCUAAUCAGGUUAGAAUUCUUGUGACAAAUGUUACUCGUAUUGCAGGUCCUCUUAGAUAUAGGAACUACGGUCGUGUUGAAGAGUUUGACAGUGGGGUCUGGGGAACAACUUGCGAUGAUACGUGGGAUACAAAUGAUGCAAGUGUGGCAUAUAAACAGCUUGGCUUCACUGGAGCUUCCUCUGCUAGCACUAGUGCAGCACAUGGUCAGGGAUCGAGUCCUAUAAGGAGAGAUUACAUGAACUGCGUCGGAUGGGAGAGCUUAUUAUUCUUGUGUACAUUCACUUAG